UUUGCAUUUUUACGUGGGAUCCAAUUUCACUUCACACGUAAUUUUUGUUGGAUUAAAGCUGCCUCCAAGACAGAAGGGACUAAGUGAAGAAGCAUCACAUGUGGAUGGACCCAGUAAGACUUCACACCUCAGACUUGUGCAAGAAUGGUGAGGACACAGGGUCUAUUUUAGUGAGCCACUCACAUGAGCGCUGGAUUCUAUAUAUCUAGCGUCUUUCUGCCCUUCCCGUCUCAGAAAAAGACGCCUGUGAGUAUUUGUCACCCGCUGAAGAGGGUAAGGACUUUUAUUUUGAAAUAGUAGAGAGCAUGAAUUUGUUACAACACUUGCUAUGAAUUGAGAGGACUGAUGCUACUCCAAAUGUAUCUGUAUUCAAAAGCAAGGCAGGCUUUUCUUUCCCUCUGAAAAUGCAUUUAUGUUAAUUUCUGUUAUAAUUUUGUACAACUGAAUGUCAGUUAAAGAAAUCUUAUUUUUUUUAAAGAAACUCUUCACUGUUCAGGUUUGAGAUCAGCUGGCUGAAGUUAUUAACAUCACAUAUCAGUGUGGAUUGGAUUUAAGUCUUUAUUCUUGUAUUACUAUUAAUAUUAAUAUAAUUAUUAUUAUUGUGUAGUGUCAUUUAACUGUAGUGUCAUUUAACUGUAGUGUAGGUUUGGAAUGGAAGAAUUGUGCUUAUUAAAUUAAAAAGUAACAAAAACAACAUGGAUCCUACCCUCAUGGUGAUGAUUGAUUACUACUUAUGAGUAUUUUUCGGUUUGACCUUUCGACAAUGUCACACAAUGUUUGUGUCCUCUGCUUUGGAACUGCAACCUAUAGUAUAGAGGAUUUCUCAAUGAGAAGUGAUGCAUUCUGCUUUUAUUUUCACAGUAAAUUUUCUAUUUUAUCCUUUGUGUUAAAGAUAUAUUUAACAGGGGGAGACACAUAUAGCUGCAACCAUGUCUGAAGGAAACCAAAGCCAAAGAUCUCUGCAUCCCGCAGACUUUUCUUGAAGACCAAACUGAUGAAGAAGGCCAUGACGAUGGUGGACAAUGAAAAGCAGGCCAGAAAAGAGGAACGAGAGAGAACCCUCUCUGAGAGAGUCCCCGAACUCCAACUGUCAAGCAUGUCUCUGCAGGAUCUACAGAAUAUUUGCAAAGAGCUGGUCCAGAAAAUUGACGUGGUUGAUGAAGAGCGGUAUGACAUUGAUUCUAAAGUGAAGAAAAAUACUACCGAGAUACAGGACCUGUCUCAGAAGAUCAUUGGGCUGAAGGGCAAGAAGAGGCCGGCUCUGAAGAGGGUGAGGGUGUCCGCUGACGCCAUGAUGGGAGCUCUGCUGGGCGCUAAGGUCAAAGAGUCCGUGGACUUCAAGGCCAACCUGAAGACUGUGAAGAAAGAGGAGGAAAAGAAAGAGGAAGUGACCGACUGGCGUACGAACGUUGACACCAUGUCCAAGUCCGGUAUGGAGGGCAGGAAGAAGCUGUUUAAUGCCGGGCAGUAGAUUUUGUGGCAGAAUUCUCUGUGAAAGAUAUUUGCUGCUCUAAAACAGGUGGAACCAGUGAAACAUGUGACUGCUGUUUACUUUAUAAUGCAAGAGAAUCAGGUAAAGACCAAGACAACAGUGAAAGAGUUUAACUCUGAAUAAUAAUUAAUUCAAUACAUAUAGAUUUUUACAUAAUGUAUGACAUAUUGUGAAAAACCUAUGUUUUAGCACUUAUAUGAGCACUAUAUUGCCUUUAUAGUUUUAGCAUCUAUAUGAAUUCAUGAACUCAGCUCCAGUUUUGGCUGUUCAGGUUACCUGUAGUCAUGUAACUGGCUCGCUUUCUGACAUCUGCUCCACGUAAACAUUAAUAAACAGGUAAGACUCAGAGACAUUGCAGAUUUGUGGUCAAUUAUAACUUGCAUGCCCGUAUCGCCAACUAAAGUGUCUUUUGAACCAUGGACUUAUAUAACAACAUAAAACACAGAGAAGAACAUUUCUGUGUAUACUUGUGUUUCUGAGAAAAUAAAAAAUGGAUGUUGGGUUCAAGUGUUCAUUGAGUUAGAUUAGGUGAGCAACAUUGAAAAUGAUGUGUCUUAGACAUUAUGAUGAGAAGAAGCAGUGUUAUAAAUUGUGUAUCCAAUAAUAAAAUGUAAAUGACG